AUGAUUUUAAUCAAUAUAAUUAAUAAUUUAGCAAUAUCAGAAACGACUUUUGGUUUAAAUACUAAUAUGUAUAAAUAUGAAUUUAAUAACAUUAAAGAAAUUUUACAAUUAAGAAAAAUACUUAAAAUUCAAGAAAGAGAAUUUAAGUUUAAUGAAGAAAUGCAAUCAUUAAAAAAAUAUUGUGAAAAACUUAGUAAAGUAGAUAAUUAUUAUACAAAAACAUACUUAGAAAACUUGAUUAAUACUAAUAAUGAUUUUAUAAAGUUAACCGAAAUUCAAAGUAUUUGUUGGUUCUUUUUUAAAAAACUAACUGAUGAUUUAUUUGAGAACUUUUUAUUUGUAGAAGAUGAAAUCAAAAUUUUAAAUUAUUGUGAAAAUAUCUCCAUUCAUCAAAGAAUUGAAAAAUAUCUAGAUAAGAAUAAUUCAAAGUUACUUGAUGUUUUAAAAAAGACUAAUUCAAAUAAUGAGUCUGUUUCUUCUAUAAAGGGAUUUGGUCGUUUAUUUUUAUACUUUAAGUAUAUUAGUUUUAGAAGAUAUAGUCAAGAUUUAAUCAUACAACAUUGUGUACUUUUGGAACAUUAUUUUAUGAAAAAGUUUCUUUUAGAGGCUGCUAUGAUUGUUAAAUCAUGUAACAUAGAAGAUUUAAAAAAGAUGGAUUAUAACUUUUUGACUCACAUUAACAGUGUUUUUAAAUUUAAAAAAAAAUUUAAAUUAAAUCGGCUAAAUCAUUUUAAUUAUAUAAAAGAACUUAUUCAAUUAUUAAUUAAGAUGGGAUCUUUAUUAAAGCAAUCUUUAGAAAAUGAUAAAGAUAUUGAAAAAGGUUUUUAUCAAAUUAAAAAGAAAUAUGACUCUUUAGACCAUGAAAAAAACAUGUCAAAUUCCUUAAAUUUGUUUAAGAAAUUAAGUAUUAAAAAACCAAGAUUUUGUAAAUACACUGUUUUUUUUGAUUUAGUUGAUGAGGCAGCAUAUGAAUUGUUUAAUGUUAUACCAAAGAUAAUCUUUGCUAAAAUUGAUUUAAAUUAUGGUUUUGAAAAUUAUAAGCAAGAAAUACUUGAUUUUUUAACAUUGUUUUCACAAAAUGAAUAA